UCUAUCCACCGAGCCAAACCUGCUAGGGCUUUACAGAUAGUCUUAUCACUACUUAAAAGGGCUUGUGACUGAGACACCAAAAAACAAACAGACCCAAAACAACCCCCCAUCCACAUGGGAAGCAAGCACUCAGUAAAAACUUGAAUGAAUGAGUGAAUGAAACAAAGACACAAGUGAGAAUACGUGUUCCCGUUGGCAGUGCAGCAGAAAGGCCAGGGCACCACCUCCUGUCCCCCGACACCCGCGCCCUCCCCCAUAUAGAGAAACAAGGAGUGAGAGUGGAGAAGGCCCGCAGCCCGCAGUUGGGAUCUGGGUGGCCCAGGUUGCCAUGGCACCGCCUUGGACUCCACCCUCUCCCAUCUCCCCCCCAACCACCACCCCACCCCGCUUAGGUAGUGGCAACUAGUCACGUGCUUUGCCGCGUAACCACACCUCUGCUCCUCGGAGCAAUAGCAUGCGGUCACGUGGGAUAGCAACAGGUCACGUGGUGGCCAUCGUCCCUCCUCCCCAUUCUCCCCACCGCCCCCCAACCAGGCACAGCCACUCCCGGCCCCUCUGCGCAGGAGUGGCUGGUCACGUGCCCCGAACGUCCGGCGCUCGCCCCUCCCCCCGGGUUUCCGCGCGCCUCUUUGGCAGCUGGUCACAUGGGUCUUCUCUGAUCUGAGAAUGGCUACUCCUCGAUAUGAGCCCGUGGCUGAGAUUGGUGUUGGUGCCUACGGGACGGUGUACAAGGCCCGUGAUCCACACAGUGGCCACUUCGUGGCCCUCAAGAGCGUGAGAGUCCCCAAUGGAGGAGGUGCCGGAGGGGGCCUUCCCGUCAGCACAGUCCGCGAGGUGGCCUUACUGCGGCGGCUGGAGGCUUUUGAGCACCCCAAUGUGGUCCGGCUGAUGGAUAUCUGUGCCACCGCCCGAACUGACCGGGAGACCAAAGUGACCCUGGUGUUUGAGCACGUGGAGCAAGACCUACGGACCUAUCUGGACAAGGCACCCCCACCAGGCUUGCCAGUGGAGACCAUCAAGGAUCUGAUGCGCCAGUUUCUAAGAGGCCUGGAUUUUCUUCAUGCCAAUUGCAUUGUUCACCGAGACCUGAAGCCAGAGAAUAUUCUGGUGACAAGCAGUGGGACAGUCAAGCUGGCUGACUUUGGCCUGGCCAGAAUCUACAGCUACCAGAUGGCACUUACACCUGUGGUGGUUACACUCUGGUACCGUGCUCCCGAAGUUCUUCUGCAGUCUACAUACGCAACUCCUGUGGACUUGUGGAGCGUUGGCUGUAUCUUUGCAGAGAUGUUUCGUCGAAAGCCUCUCUUCUGCGGAAACUCUGAAGCUGACCAAUUGGGCAAAAUCUUUGACCUGAUUGGGCUGCCUCCAGAGGAAGACUGGCCCCGAGAUGUGUCUCUACCCCGAGGAGCCUUCUCCCCCAGAGGGCCCUGCCCAGUGCAGUCGGUGAUCCCGGAGAUGGAGAAGUCUGGAGCACAGCUGCUGCUGGAGAUGCUGACUUUUAACCCACACAAGCGAAUCUCGGCCUUCUGAGCCCUGCAGCACUCCUAUCUACAAAAGGAAGAAGGUAACCCAGAGUGAGCAAUGGAGUCGCUGCAACAGAACCAAGAGAAGAGAAGCUGUCAUUUACCUUGCUUUGAACACUAGAGUGCAGAGCCCCCCACCGAGAAGCGCUCUGUGUCUUUUUAUCUGAGGCUGUGGAGACACUUCCUCCAACUUUUUACAGGGAUAUCUUGCUGGCUGCCUUAAUGACAUUCCCCUCCCUCCCCUCCUUUGGGGAUUAUCCUUCUCCUGCCCUCCCAUUUCCUACACCAAGGAGUAUGUCCCUUGUUCUCCCCUUCCUUACCUUGAUAUUGGGAUCCUUUUUUAUACGGGGAAAAAAAACAAAACAAAGAAA